CCGACAGCCAGUUCAGGUGACCGUAGCAGGGCCCAGUGCUUUCUCAUGAGUGCAGAUCGAUGAAGCGUGGCUUCCUCUUGCCAAAAGACAAGCAAAGGAUUCCGGUUCGGAAUCAACACGAUGAAGCCUCUCCGUCAUCGACGGCUGCCGUCUUUCGAGUAACAGUGGAAUACACGGAAAGCCUCACGGCGCAUGACUUCUGCACUACUCUUUGGCGGCAUAUGGAUUUUGUUGAAUGACAGGCCAUUCGCCUCCAGCAUUGGGGCGGCAUUGCUUUAGUAGGCAUCCAUCGACAAAAAAAGGUCUCACCAAGCGUAGCAGUGUUCCUUUCGUCUCUGAUGAUUAUGUCUGCAGCCUCGAGAGCUUCACGUCGGCGUCUAUGCGUUUGUCACUCCCGUGUGGUGUCUCAAGCCACCGCUGCCCUCCCCACUCAGUGGGGCCGUCCUCCAGCACCACACCGAGCUCGUCAUCGACUCCAGCAACACACGACAACGGAGAUUUUGGGGUUCCAUGACCCCGCAGACGGCAUACGAGCUGGGCAAACAGAUGAUCAACCUUAAGUGUCUCAUCCACCGCUUCCCCCAGACACCUGAUGGGGCAGAAGGGAUUGCGGCUGGCCACCAUUAUGUCGCAAAUGGAUGGUGCCGUGGGCUCGUCAUUGCACUGGUGGAGGGCCAUGUGGCGGGACGGCAGGCAGCGCGCGAGAAGGAGAGGCCGGGGACAACGAUGGCCGUGGGAUCGCUCAGGUCACUGACCUUCAAAGCAGUGGUGCUUCCAGGCAGCGGACCGCGGGAGAUCGCUCAACUGGCCGACAUCAAUUCUAACCCUCCUGCUGCCGCCCCAUCGCAAUCCAUCAGCCUCCCAGCCCUCACAGAUGUCAAAGGGGUCAGACGUGGCCACGUCGUGAUCGAAGGGCGGGGAUGGUCCAUGCCGGCUGUCGAGCGGGUGAUCGUACGGUAUCCGGGGGCCGAGCUCCCGGACAUCAGGCCGUUCGUCGCCACGACGAGGUCCCUUAUCGAUCUGUUUGUGGUUCUAGUGCCGCCAUCGCAGCUGGCCGAGCUGCUGGAACUCAUCCCAGUGGGGCAGCAGGGUGGUCCGGGGCCUCUCGCGAGGUUUCAGAACAUGAACUACAUCAAACUCUACGAGAUCGAAUCGAUCGCCAUCUGCCGAGACGGCCUCUCGCGGCUUCAGGCAAGCGAAUAAGAAGCAAGGGGCGUAGGACAGGAGAACCCGGAGAAGAGGAAAUGGCAUUCAUGCCUUUGUUGUGCUCUGCAUUCAGAAGUGUUUGGUGGAUCGCGGCUGCUUGAAGUCUCUCCGCUUCCUGCGCAUAGAGGUGCAUCGCAGCGACUGCCAUUGGCUCCUCCUUAACGACUACGCGACGUUCAAGGCCCUCGCCUCGCUCAUCGACGCGACCUGCUCCCCGUUGAGCGAGGUCAAGUGUUAUGUUUGCCCCUCUGGUGGAGAGAUCCGAGACAUCCCACUCACCCAUUUGCUGGCGUACACCCGCUUCGGCAAACUGCCUGACUGUGGUCCCCAGCUCCUCAGUGCUUUGCUAACUUGCUAUAACGUGAGGAUGAAGCCUCAACGGAGGCCUCCCGGCUCUCCUUCUGUUGAGAGCUGCAUUCAGGGGACACCACCUUCGGCAUACCACUAUGCCUGGACCGUCACCCAAGACCAAGUGACCAGGCCAUACAACGGGCCUAUCGACAAGAGCUUGGUGGGCAACCUGUCGCUUGGAGCUUGUGGCGUUCCGAGUAGUAGCGGAUUUAGCAUGUCCAUCGAAUGCGAGCAGGGGUGGACCCCGCUGGCCGACGCCAUUCCGCCCGAGCCUCCCGAGUUCAAAGCGUUCAAGGCCGACGGCCUUGUGCGAGUGAAAAGUCUGACCGUCAAGAGCCGCAUCGGCUUGGGGGUGGCAAAGAUGCUGCUGAGGAGAGGCCCGGAACUCGAGGAUAUGCAGCUGAUGGAUAUGGCUCCAUCGGAUGUACUGAGCCUCCUGAGGUGCGCCUUUGUGUGGAAGACGCCAGAGAAACUGGCACUCGAGCGGCUGCAUCAAGAGGGUGGGUGGCAGACGGAGAUUUCACUGGGUAUCCAGCAGAGGUUCCAAAAGGUCAAGACGCUGUGCGUCAAGGGAGAGGUUGCUGCAUGCUUUGCGGCAGCCACAAUGCCUCACAUGUCAGCCAUCCGUGAGUUCACCAUAUGCGCCAACGAGACAGAGGCGCGCCAGGCUCUCGUCAAUGGAAGUGGUGCGACGAUCCCCCGGCUGAGUCUGGGUGGGGCAUCUGACGGCCGCCAGGACUUGAUCAAGGCUGAGGACGAGAGGGAUGGCCUCACACUGGGCGAUUGGAAGGACGAACUGCCACACAUCAACACCCUAGUCAUGCACCUCGACGGUAAUUGGCAAAGCUGUCGAGAAGAACAAUGCGCCACUUGACGUACCUGUGUGCCGUAUCUCGCUGGUCUCAGUGCCGUCUGCCGAUGUGGUCGACCCAGGCGUUUUCAUUCUGUCGAGCAUCUGGUCGGUUCUCGAGAUUGAGUCGAUCUCCGUGCUGAGGCUCGUCCUGCCUCAUCGAUCCCAUCUCGAUGCCCUCAACAAAGCCAUUGAGCGACGUUUCUCUGAGAUAGAAGGGAAUGUCUAUUCAGUGGAGGAAAUGCUCUGUCUCAAAAUUGGCAUCCCAGCGGUAAUGGAAAGGCCGCAAUGAUGUUGGUGGUGGUGCUCAUGUAGAAGGCACUAUCUGCUUUCCUUUAUUGUGUCUCCGUUGAUCAGUUGCGCAAGGCUGCCUUUGCACACUCAGUGCGUCCAAGACUAGCGCACCAGGGACUCGCUUCGAUGUUUGAGCGCUACUUGCCUUCCCAUCCGCUCUAUGUAUCAGCCGAGGCGCUCGCCAUCGACUUUGCCGGCCGCGUGCGUGCCGCUCUACCAAUGACUGUGAUCGACCCCCCAUAUGCGCCUCAACGUCUGAAGGCGCCACUCAUGGCGGCAAUGGAGAGACACGGCCUGGCGAUGGAGCCCAUCAUGCGGCUGCAUGGUGAUGGGCCGUGCCUCCCCAGCCCCUCUGUGAUCGCAUCCGCCAGUCAGCUUAUGGCCGUGCUGCAAAAGACGGGCAAGCAAAUCGCAGACAUCGAACCGCUCUAUGAGUGAGACACUCAACAAAUCCUCGUCCACCUGGGUUAUGUUAUACUCGUCUUGUUCUCCUCUCCUUUGUACUUCACCACAGGGCCUCUGUGCACGGGUUUGCGUAUACGGACAUGCACGAUUGUGUUGGUGAUGCGAGCUGCCUGCUCUUCCUCGUCCGUGCCAAUGGAGACGCGCACGGCUUCUUCAUCGACGCCAGCCUACUUCCGCCCCCACUUGAUCACCUCAAGCAGUAUGCUGCGGAUGUCCUGAUCUUCAAGGCGUCCGGCGCUUCGCAGCCCACCUUCCAGUCACCCUCAGUAACGUCACAGUGUGUUACCGUCUUGAAAGCCGAUGCGACCUCGCCCCUGAGAGCGAAAGUCGUGCUCGGUCAGUGCCAUGUGGAGAAAUGGGAGGGGUUUUUGGGGCUGUGGGCGCCUAGCCCAUCGGUGUUGGCGGCAGGUGUGGGAUGUAUGGUCCGGGUGAGAUGGGAAGGGGCGGUGAGAUCGAUUCCUGCCGAUGAGAUUGAGGUGCUGCGCUUGGUGGUCUCAUGAAUGAGACGGUCAUCGGGUCGUGCACGUGAUGUGAUGUGAUGUGAUAUGAUGUGUUGUCAAACAUGGCGUGUUGGGCAAUUGUGUUGGGGCGUCACAUUGCAUUAUCAUACCAGUCAAAUGCAUUAAAGAAACGCUCUCCAAGUAGCAGUGGGUGGAUGACUGAGUGAGAGACGCGAAGUGGCUGGACUGACUGACUGACUGACAACCGAUGGACAGACAGACAGACAGACAGACAGACAGACAGCGAGACGGACAGACAGAGGACAUUCCAUCCACUCAUGCCAUGCAUUGAAGCUGAGGGUAUCGGUCGGCAAUUUCCGACUUGGAUGGGAGGAAUGCAGAC